UGUACGAAGAACUCAGAAUAACGAGGGAAGAUAACUCUGGGAACUACAAUGUGUCAGAAGAACAUCUCUUGCUAAUACAGCUCCCCACCAAAGACCUGGUUAUCUAAGGUUUAUAUAGGAAUGCCUAGGUCAGCUGACAAAAUACUGGUCUUCUGCUCCAUAAAUGCAGAAAAAACGAUAACAACAGUGGAAAAUUGGAAGUCUGAAUUUCAGCUUUCUUAGAAAUAACUGCAACCUGACACAUUCCAUAAUAUUUAAACAGGGUGGGGGGAGAGGAAUCAUCAAAGAUGUUACGAUGUUACGUUUAGAGAUGACAUUGACAUGAAGAAUAGGUAAAUUUUGUUUUUCAACUACUGGGAAAGCAGACCUCAUAGGAACUCAGAACAAGUAGGAGAAAAGUUGUUGUUUUUUUUCUUUUUUUUCCCUUGUUCUUUUUCUUUUCAAAGAUGAACCUAACUGCGCUCAAAGCUUUCGUGGGCUUGCUCUGGAAUUGCUGGGUUCUGGUGGGUCACGCACAGGGAGGUUUAGGAGACAAUCAUGUCCAUUCGAGUUUUAUUUACAGGAGGCUGCGGAACCAUGAGAGAAGGGAGAUUCAGAGAGAGAUUCUCUCUAUCCUGGGUUUACCUCACAGACCCAGACCAUUUUCACCAGGAAAGCAGGCUUCUUCUGCACCCCUCUUCAUGCUGGACCUGUAUAAUGCCAUGACAAAUGAAGAGGAUUCUGAGGAGCUGGAUUAUUCACUGAAGGGAUCAAUGGCAGGGGAGAGCAGAGGGAUACGAAAAGGAUACCCUGCCUCUCCAAAUGGAUAUUCACGGAGAAUACAAUUAUCUCGCAUGACCCCCCUGACCACACAGAAUCCUCCCUUAGCCAGCCUGCACGACACCAACUUUCUGAAUGAUGCUGACAUGGUCAUGAGCUUUGUCAAUUUAGUUGAAAGGGACAAGGACUUCUCCCACCACCGAAGGCACUACAAAGAAUUCCGCUUUGACCUUACUCAGAUCCCUCAUGGAGAGGCAGUGACUGCCGCCGAAUUCCGGAUAUACAAAGAUCGGAGCCACAGCCGCUUUGAGAAUGAAACCAUUCAGAUUAGCAUAUAUCAGAUCAUCAAGGAGUAUCCCAACAGGGAUGCAGACUUGUUCCUGUUAGACACAAGGAAGGCUCAAGCUUCUGACGUGGGCUGGUUUGUUUUUGACAUUACUGUGACCAGCAAUCACUGGGUGAUUAAUCCACAGAACAACCUGGGCUUGCAGCUCUGUGCUGAGACUGCGGAUGGUCGAAGUAUCAAUGUUAAGUCUGCUGGCCUGGUUGGAAGACACGGGCCUCAGUCAAAGCAACCAUUCAUGGUUGCAUUCUUCAAGGCAAGUGAAGUGCUUUUCCGUUCUGUCCGAGCAGCCAACAAUAAAAGGAAAAACCAGAACCGCAACAAAUCCAGUAGUCAACAGGAGUCCUCUAGGAUGCCAAGUGUUGGGGAUGAUUAUAACACAAGUGAGCAAAAGCAAGCAUGUAAGAAACAUGAACUUUAUGUGAGUUUCCGAGACUUAGGAUGGCAGGAUUGGAUUAUUGCACCAGAGGGCUAUGCUGCGUUUUACUGUGAUGGAGAGUGUUCUUUCCCCCUCAACGCCCACAUGAACGCGACAAACCAUGCCAUUGUUCAGACUCUGGUUCACUUGAUGUUCCCCGAUCAUGUACCAAAGCCAUGCUGUGCACCAACAAAACUCAACGCAAUCUCCGUGCUCUACUUUGAUGACAGUUCCAAUGUUAUUUUAAAAAAAUACAGGAAUAUGGUGGUGCGUUCAUGUGGCUGCCACUGA